AUGAAAUUCUCGUCCACUGCUCUAAUUUCAGCGCUUGCCUUUGCGGUAGCUGAUGCUCGGUCCUGGAACACUGCCAAGAUCCAAUCUCACUUGAACAAGGUCUCACCGGAGAAGUUGCUGAGAAAUGCUCGUCAACUCGACCAACAAAAUCAAAAUCAAGGAUUUGAAAUUACAGCUGAUUACAGUGUCAAAUUUAACGAAUGCUUGACUUUGAACGUCCUCAAUAAUCAAGAAGAGGAAGGUGGUGAAAACCAAGAUGGCGGAAACAAUGUCGAUCACGCCACUUCCAUUGUGGAUUAUGUAAUCGUGGAUGUGAUUAGCAGUUACGAUGGAUCUGUCAAGCAAUUUGCAGUCGAUUUGGUUACUUUUGUCACUACUUUGGCUAACUACAUUCCAGACCAAAUGACAGAAUACUGCGAAGCCUGUGAUUACGAUUAUUGCUACAACAACAAUGGCCAAAACGAUGAUGGUGCGAACAACAAUGGUGAUGCCAACCAAGACAAUGGCGAUGAGAACCAAAACGGCGAAGGCCAAGAUGGGGAAGGUCAGGAAGGCGAAGGUCAAGAUGGCGAAGGUCAGGACGGUGAAGGCGAAGAUGGUGGCGCCCGCUUCCUUGCGAAUCAACAAAAUGGCAAGAUUGUCUACACGGACUGUGACACUUGCAGCAACAUGUCUUGCUUUAAUGACAAUAACAAUGCCGAUGGUGAUAAUGCCAACGAUGUGUACUCAAACGAGAAUGCCCUUCAAUGGUUGUUGAAUGUCGGUGAAUGUCAAGAGAUCAACGAAGACUAUUACAAUUAUCAAAAUGCUGAUGGAUACCAACUCUAUGCAGGAUACACCUGUAACUCGGAUGGCACUGGUAUGGAUAUCGGUGUCUUUGCGGAUGAAGAAUGUUCCAUCUUGACCACUACUACAUUUGCUGAAGUUGUCGAGAAUGGUGGAUACGGAGCCUCUUACCAAAGCAUGAGUUCUGGAUUAGUCCACCGCGUCUUUCAACAAUACUUUGACUGUAUGAACACGGAAUACAUUAACCCUGGUGAAGAUCAAAAUAACCAACAAAAUGAUAAUGCCAAUGAAGAUGAAGAUGCUCAGUUUGAGGCCAAUGAAUACUGCCAAGCAUUGGUCCAAGAGGGUGCCGUUGCGAUGGACGAAGCGUGCGAGGACGAGAAUGGCGAUGGCGAAAACAAUUACGAGUACGAUGAAAAUGGAAACCCAUGGGGGCAAUACACUGAUGAAAACGGAGAUAUUGUCUACUAUGAUAUCCAAGACGACGAGGACGGCGAGCAGGUCUGCAUGGCCAUUCAAGGAAAGAAUGGUGAAUACACCACUGCUCUCGAGGGAGGAUCACAGUUGUACGAUUACACCACCACGAAGAACAUUAACAACGACGACAAGUGGAAUUUGGAUUCUGGAAAGGAAGGUCAAAAUGCCAACCUUACUGGAAGCGGGGGCGGCAAUGGUCUUUGGAACAAGAGCCGUAAUAAGGUUCACAACAUGGCUAGUCAAUAUGGCUUUAGCGCUGCUGAAAUGUGGGCCAUUGUUGCCGCCUCGUUUUUGUUUGGCAUUUUGGCUCUUUUGUUUUUCAUUCGGUUGUUCUGUAUGGGCAAGAAGAAGGCCAAGCUUUCGUUGGACGAUAGCGAGGAUGCUGUCACACGAAGCCGACGGGAACCUUUGGUCAACAACCCUGAGGUUUAUGUUGCCUAA